CACUACAACUUUCAAAGGAUGGAUACAGGAAAUCAUUCCACAGUGACAGAAUUUAUCCUUAUGGGAUUAACAGACCAGCCAGAAUUCCAGAUCCCCCUCUUCUUACUUUUCCUACAAAUAUAUAUUAUUUCCAUGAUGGGAAAUGUGGGCUUACUCCUACUUAUCAAAACUAGUUCUCAUCUUCAAACCCCCUUGUAUUAUUUUCUUAGUAACUUGUCCUUCAUUGAUCUUUGCUACUCUUCUGUCAUUACCCCCAAAAUGCUGGUGAGCUUUGUAUCAGAGAAGAAUAUCAUCACAUACUCAGGGUGCUUAACCCAGUUCUUUUUCUUCUGUUCUUUUGCCAUGGCUGAUCUCUUCAUGUUGUCAGCUAUGGCCUAUGAUCGUUAUGUUGCCAUCUGUAGCCCCCUGAUCUAUACUACCACAAUGUCCCAGAAAACCUGCUUCCUACUAGUGGUAGGAGUGUAUACUGUGGGGAUCUUUGGAGCCACAACUCACACAAGUGCUCUAACCAGACUAUCCUUCUGUGGAAACAAUGUAAUUAGUCAUUAUUUUUGUGAUGUUCCUCCUCUUUUGAAGCUUUCCUGUUCCAGCACCCACCUCAAUGAACUUUUGGCAAUGCUUCUGGUUGGGGUCAGCACAUUGAUAACCACUAUACCUAUUGUAAUUUCUUAUGCUUUCAUCCUCUCCAAUAUCUUCAGCAUCCAUUCUGCCAAAGGCAGGUCCAAAGCUUUCAGCACCUGUGGAUCUCACAUGGUAACUGUUGUUCUCCUUUAUGGCUCUGCCAUUUUCAUGUAUUGUCAACAUGCAACAGAUAGCAACCUCACUCAACAGAAAGUGGCCUCAGUAAUCUACACCACAAUCAUCCCUAUGUUAAACCCUUGGAUUUAUAGUCUGAGGAACAAGGAUGUAAAGAAUGCAGUGAAGAAAAUCAGGAAGGACUGGUAUAAGCGUCACAAUUAA